UCGAGGUGUGCACACCGGUGGUCGCAUCCGUAAAGUUCGCGCUUCAAAUCGUAGUCGCUGCCGUAACCGAAACUGAAACCGAUAGAACCAUGGAUAUCUCCGCCUACCAGCACAUGAACAUCCGGAUGAGCACGCGUGGCAAGCGUCCGCUGAGGAACCUCACGCCCAACGAUAAGGUGCGCGCCAUUCAGCGCAUCCAUAAUGGUGAAACAAAGGCCAGUGUUUCGCGGGAUAUCGGAGUACCAGAGUCCACGUUGCGUGGUUGGUGCAAGAAUGAACAGAAGCUGCGCUUCAUGUGCCGCCAGUUGGGUCCCGAUCACAUGGGACUCGAUAGUCCACCGGAAAAACGCGCCAAGUUCGAAUUGCAGCUUCAGUUGCCCCCAAAAUUUGUGGCACUGCCUCCAAAUUACGAAGAACUGGGCUUUGGAUCACUGCCCUACUCCCCCGGAGAUUAUCCAGUGCAGGGCGAGUCCCUGCUGGAAAAACUAAGCCUAGUGGAAUUUGUGAAAAAGAAUGGCGGAUUGCAUCCCGAGGCAGUGCACCCAAGUCAAUCGGGCGUGGUGGAUUACUCCAACAACAUGCUACAUCAGCUGAAUUUACUGGCCUUGCUCAACUCCAAAUUAACCCCUCAGACUGCCGAAGUCCUUCCGGUGGAUGCACCCAAAUCGGAGGACAACAAAGUGGUUGAUUCGCCCGCAGCAUCAGAGGAUUAUAGCAAAAACAAUUAUCCCUUGCUGAGUGUUAAGAACUGGGCCAAAGAUCCGGCCAAGCGUGCCACCCUAUCCAAUCAGCCGGAGCAAGUCAAUGAUAAGAACAAUAAUGCUCUGGAGGCCAAUGGUUCCGGACAACAAGUUCUGGCCACGGAGCAGACGAAGACACCCAUGUUCCCGGACACAACAAUACCCCUACUGCCAGCUCCCUUCCCGAAUCCUGCGGAUCUGGCGUCUGUGAUAGCACCACUAACUCCAGCAAACUCCAAUAGCAGUUCCACUCCCAACGGAACCGAUAACCAGGGAGCAGCUCUGCUGGAUUGGUGCAAACUCUUCAAUGCCAGCUUGAAUUUCCUGGCCUUUGCAGCGGCCGCAGCAUCCAUGCAACCCGGCGGUGGUGGUGGACCCAGUGCACCCACCUACAAUCCCAACCAAAUAGCCAACGGUGGUUCGGAACCCGAUCUCGAGACAUAUCCUUUCAACGAGGCGCUAAUGAAACGCCUCAGUCCCUUGGCCCACAGUGAGGCCUCCAACGAAAGCUACUGUGACAGCGAGCCGGAGGAUCUUUCGGUGCGAUCCUGCGCCUCCAAGGCCUCCAGCAGAUCCCACACUCCCGACAAGAGCAUUGGUUCCAGCGAUGCCGAGCAGUAGAUACCAUCUAGUUUCUAGUUCUUAGUUUCUAGUUGAUAGUGUAAAUACCUCCACUUUUUUAAUUAAUUGUUAAUAGCCACCUUUAGUAAUUACGAGACACGAAUCAUUUCGCAAUGCAAAUGCCAUUUGUACUUAUCAAUUAACGUAUUAAUAUCACCGCAACAGGUAUUAAUAUCUAGUAUCAGCAUACUAUAGCUAGUAUUAACUAGGUAUAUCGACUGUGUGACUACUAACUUGUUUCAAAACCAAACUCAAUUCAUCUACACUUAAUAAUAACAAGAUACUAAUUGUGUUAAGUAGCUUAAUUAUUUGGCACGUUCGCCGGCCAUUCCAAUCGAUUUGUUUUCGUACUGCUGUAAUCUCCGUAACUCUUAAUAAGCAUAUAAACUAAUUACUAAUGAAACGAAUAAAAUAUUUAUUAACAAAA